CAAACAAUUAGUACUCACUCUCAAAUAGUACGUAGUAUUUGAAAGCCAUGGCUGCUUCUUUCCCCCAUACCCUAAUUCCUCUUGUUUGUUCCAUCACCCUCCUCCUCGCCCUGGCAACCACACCUGGCGAUGCGACCUCCUUCUCCUACAACUUCAACCAAAAGCCGGAUCCUUUGAACUCCAUGAGCCUGCAAGGCGACGCCCACUACCUCAAAGACACCGACGAGAUUGGCUUAAUCCGUUUGACGAAAACUGACGAGUCGGGCAAGGCGCUCAAUUACAGUGCCGGGCGAGCCGUGUACUUGGUCCCAUUCAAAUUCUGGGGAGACGGGAUGCAGGUGGACUUCGAAACAACCAUGAAAUUCAUCAUCAACCCCAACAGUGGUGACACUGAUCCGGCCGACGGAUUCACCUUCUUCAUCGAGCCCGUGGACGCCCCCAUGGGUGCCAAUGGCGCCAGCUUCGGAGAGUUCAACUAUUUCGGUUCGAAGCGCUCAACUUUCGCCAUCGAAUUCGACAUCCACCAAGACAGAAAUGAUCCGAGCUACCCCCAUGUUGGGAUCGACAUUGAAACGAUUGAUUCGGUAGUAACCAUGGAGGUCGGCAACGAGCUUAUUGGGCAGGUGGUGACCGCCCGCAUCGACUACAAGGCAGCUACAAGUGUGAUAAGCGUUAAAGUCACCAUCGGCUCGAAGACUUAUGAGGUGAGCUAUGUGAAAGACUUGAGUACCGUUCUUCCGCAGGAGGUUCAAUUCGGAUUCUCCGCCGCCACCGGUGACCGAGUCGCCGUUCACGACCUCAUAUCCUGGGAAUUCUCCACUACCCCCAACACCGUGAACGGCAGCAGCGGCAUUCGUCAAGUUGUGUGAUUAUAUAAUGUAUGCCGUAAAUAAGGACUAGCGAUCGAGCGAGUAUGCUCUCUCGUUAAGUCUAGAAAUUAAAUAAGAGCUUUAUGCUCAAUCCCUUGGUUAUGUAUUCAAGUAUCACCUCGUUAAAAAAAAGUUAUGAUUAUGCUUAUGAUUA